AGCUAUAAAUCACAAGGCCAACUACCCAGUACCCACCACCCAAUAACAAUGGCUUCGCUUUUCACUCACUCACUCUCUUCAUUUCCUUCCUCUUUUUUCUCCUGUUCUAAAACCCUUUCAAAAAUCUCAACUUGUCACCUCAAAACCAGAUCUUUAUGUGUAUAUGCUCUCCAAUCUUCACCACCACUAGAAGUCCAGACCUUCUGGCAGUGGCUCUGCGACGAGGGUGUUGUCUCUGCCAAGUCUCCCGUAAGGCCGGCUACAGUUUCCGAAGGACUGGGGCUGGUUGCUCAGAGAGACAUUGGUAGAAACGAGGUUGUUUUGGAGAUUCCUAAGAAGUUCUGGAUCAACCCAGAUACGGUUGCCGCUUCUGAUAUAGGUAAUGUAUGUAGCGGAUUGAAGCCUUGGAUUUCUGUAGCCCUGUUUUUGAUCAGAGAGAAAAAGAAAGAGGAUUCUCCGUGGCGUGUCUAUCUUAAUAUUCUGCCUGAGAGUACGGACUCAACUGUGUUUUGGUCCGAAGAGGAGCUUGUCGAGCUUCAAGGAACCCAACUAUUGAGCACAACAUUGGGUGUUAAAGAACAUGUUCAAAAUGAGUUUCAAAAAGUAGAGAAAGAAAUCCUUAUCCCUCACAAGCAACUAUUCCCUUACCCUAUCACAUCGGAUGACUUCUUGUGGGCUUUUGGAAUUCUCAGAUCAAGGGCAUUUUCGCGCCUUCGUGGCCAAAAUCUUGUUUUGGUCCCUCUUGCAGACUUGAUCAACCACAGCGCCAGCAUAUCCACAGAAGAUUUUGCAUAUGAGAUUAAAGGAGCAGGUCUUUUCUCUAGAGAUCUCCUAUUUUCUUUGCGGUCUCCUGUUUUUGUCAGGGCUGGAGAGCAGGUUCUGAUCCAGUAUGAUUUAAAUAAGAGUAAUGCUGAGUUGGCUCUGGACUAUGGGUUCAUAGAAUCAAAGUCAGAUCGUAAUAAAUAUACUUUAACAUUAGUGAUAUCUGAGUCAGAUCCAUUUUUUGGGGACAAACUUGACAUUGCUGAAUCAAAUGGCUUGGGUGAGACUGCAUACUUCGACGUAGUCCUGGGCCAACCUCUUCCACCAACAAUGGCUCAAUAUUUGCGGCUUGUGGCUCUUGGAGGAACUGAUGCUUUUCUCUUGGAAUCAAUUUUCAGAAACACAGUCUGGGGUCACCUUGAUUUGCCUGUAAGUCGUGAUAAUGAGGAGCUUAUAUGUCGGGUGGUCAGAGAUGCCUGUAAAUCAGCUCUAUCCGGCUAUCAUACCACCAUUGAAGAGGAUGAGAAGUUGCUGGAAGGAGGAAAUCUUGAUCCAAGGUUGAAAAUUGCGGUUGGAAUAAGAUUGGGAGAGAAGAGGGUGCUGCAACAAAUUGAUGGAAUCUUCAAGGAGAGGGAACUGGAAUUGAAUGAGUUGGAAUAUUACCAGGAAAGAAGACUCAAGGACCUUGGACUUGUUGGAGAACAAGGUGAUAUCAUCUUCUGGGAGCCCAAGUAAGAAACGCGAACGGUUUCAAAUGGCUCAGUGGUUUAAGCUGAAAUCCGAAAGUAACUUCACCAAAGCUACCAUUAUUUUCCCUGAAGAGCCACCUCCAUUUUGAGCUCACUGUGAGAACCGAAGCAGACAAAAAAAGAGCUUCAUUUGGUCAUGUCAAUGGAGGUUUUGAUAAAAAAUCUUAACCUAGUGAUUCUAACUGAAGUGACAAGUUAAUACAUAGCUUGCUUCUAUGUAAUUUAAAGUAAUGCAUUUGUUUUUAAAAGCUGCUCUGCAUUACACCAAGGCAUUGAUUCAAAUCCAGAACGAACUUUCGUUAACCUG